AUGGGAGGCAACCAGUCAUGGGUCACAGAAUUCAUCCUGGUGGGAUUCCAGCUCAGUGCAGACGUGGAGGUGCUCCUCUUCUGGAUCUUCUCCCUGUUCUAUAUGUCCAGCCUGUUGGCAAAUGGCACAAUCUUGGGACUGAUCUGUCUGGACCUUAGACUGCAUACUCCCAUGUACUUGUUUCUCUCACAUCUGGCCAUCAUUGACAUUUCCUACACUUCCAACAAUGUCCCCAAAAUGCUGGCAAAUCUUAUGAACCAGAAAAGGACCAUCUCCUUUGUUCCAUGCAUAAUGCAGACAUUCUUGUCUUUGGGUUUUGCUGCUACUGAGUGUAUGAUCUUGGUGGCGAUGUCCUAUGACAGGUUUGUGGCCAUCUGCCAUCCUCUCCAAUACACUGUCCUUAUGAGCUGCAGAGUGUGCACAGUACUGUAUGUCACUUCCUGGGCAUGUGGAUUCAUCCUGGCCCUGGUAAAUGCAAUUUUCCUUCUAAAGUUGCCCUUCUGUGGACCCCAAAAUGUCAACCACCUUUUCUGUGAAAUUCUGUCUGUCCUCAAGCUGGCCUGUGCUGACACCUGGAUCAACCAAGUGGUCCUGUUUGCAUCCUCUGUGUUUGUCUUAGUCGUACCCCUUUGCUUAAUGCUUGUCUCUUACAUGCAGAUCAUCUGGGUCAUCCUAAAGAUCCAGUCAAAAGAAGGGCGCAUAAAGGCCUUCUCCACCUGUUCCUCCCACCUCUGUGUGGUUGGGCUCUUCUUUGGCAUAGCCAUGGUGGUUUAUGUGGUCCCAGACUCUAAUCAACGAGGGGAGCUAGAGAAAAUGUUGUCCCUAUUUCACAGUCUAUUUAACCCAAUGCUGAACCCCCUCAUCUACAGCCUGAGGAAUGCUCAGGUGAAGGACGCCUUCCACAGAACAUUGCAGAAGAUGACGUCCAUGUGA